UGACUUCCUCUUCUGCUGCCGGAACUUCCCAGUGUGACACCAACCGGAAGUAAACAAGCCGCUAGCAGCAUCGUUAGCUUUCCUCGUGUGAGGACGGAGCAGGAAGACGGUUGUGUUGUCGUCUCUCAGCUGAAUAUUUCAGUGUUUCAGCAACAAUGUCUUCAGUUCAGCAUCUGAGAGAGUUUAUCAGCGAGCGACUAACUGCUGCUGCUGAAGAAAUAUUCACAGAGUUUGAAAAAACCAUCGUCCAGUACGAAGAAGAGAUCGAUCGUCAGCGCAGACUGCUGGAUAUCACCUGGAAUCCACAGAUAAAGUUAAUCAGAACAGAGGUUCCACAUCAAUAUGUCUACAAGGUGGAUGAAGCUCUUCAAGAUGACCAGCAGCUGUGCAACCAGAACUCAAACCUGGACCAGGAGCAACCAGAGUCUGCUCGUAUUAAAGAGGAAGAGGAGGAACUCCUCAGCAGUCAGGAGGAAGAGCAGCUUUGGCUGAAGGAUGAAACUGAUCAAUUUCAACAGCUCAUCCAGGGGAAUCCCGAGGCGUUCCCAGGCCAGCCGAGAGAUGUCGUCCGUCCAGCAUGUCCUGGGUCUUCCCCGCGGCCUCCUCCAGAUGGGACAUGCCCGAACACCUCAUCAGGGAGGCGUCCUGGAGAGGUUCCACAUCAAUAUGUCUACAAGGUGGAUGAAGCUCUUCAAGAUGACCAGCAGCUGUGCAACCAGAACUCAAACCUGGACCAGGAGCAACCAGAGUCUGCUCGUAUUAAAGAGGAAGAGGAGGAACUCCUCAGCAGUCAUGAGGAAGAGCAGCUUUGGCUGAAGGAUGAAACUGAUCAGUUUUCAAUACCGGCUGCUCAUGAGGAAGAUGGUCACAGUGAUCCAGAACCAAACAGGGACCAUAUUCCCUCUUACAGUCCUCCUGCAGACCAACAUUCACCUUUAGAGGAAAGCACGGUUGAAGACUCAGGAACAAAAACGUGUGCAGAUACACAGCCAGAAAAGCGCUGUCUAACGGAGACAAAUGAGAACAUAGGAGAGUCCUUUCUGUUAGAAAGUCAUUGUAAUGAAAGAGAUGAGAAACAACAUUCCUGCAAGUUCUGUGGGAAACAGUUUAACACGAAAAGUAAGUUAACUGUUCAUGUAAGAACUCACACAGAAGAGAGACCGUACUCUUGUCAAACAUGUGGGAAAUGUUUCAGUCAAAAUCAUUAUUUGUUACGCCACAUGAAAAUUCACACAGAUGAGAAGCCGUAUUCUUGUCAAACAUGUGGAAAAUGUUUCAAUCAACCUCAAUAUUUAGUGCGCCACAUGAAAAUUCACACAGCCGAGAAGCCGUAUUCUUGUCAAACAUGUGGAAAAUGUUUCAAUCAAGCUCAAUAUUUAGUGCGCCACAUGAGAAUUCACACAGCUGAGAAGCCAUAUUCAUGUCAAACAUGUGGAAAAUGUUUCAGGCACAAGAGUACUUUGGUGAACCACAUGAGAAUUCACACAGCUUCGAGGCCGUAUUCUUGUCCAACAUGUGGAGAAUGUUUCAAACAAAAUGAUGAUUUAAAGUUCCACAUGAUCACUAACAGAGAAUGUCAACAGCCACCUUCUAUAUGUGGAAAAGAUUCAAUCUAAAUCACGGGCUGUGAAUGAACUAUCUUUGGCCUGCAUGAUCAUAUCUACUCACUAUUAGAGCUGGCCUGCUGAUACAGCACCUGUACCACCAUAAUACUACAAGUCCCACAAUGCACUGCCAGUACGCUUACAAUCAAGGCCCGUGAGCGCGUACCUCACCGAUUCUCCAGAAACCUGACGGAGCUGCUCACCUUUGGCAACAACCCCUCUCCCCAGAAAAUGGAUAAAGGAAAAGUGGACUUUGUAAACAGAGAAUAUGUUUGUGGAUGUAAAGGACAAAGCUGUGUGUCUUCUGUGUGGAGACAGAGAGGCUGGAAUGAAGGAAUACAACGUAAGAAGACACCUUGAAAUGAAGCACCACCACAAAUACAAGCAUCUGGAAACAAAGACUCCAGAAGUAGAAGAGGUAUUAACCCUUUAGGCUCCAGAGUUUUUAGAAGUUUUUCAGGAAAACUGAGAAGAAAUGUUUUUGAGUUUGAGUAGUAGCAGUAAAAUUACUCAUCUAGUUUCAUAUUGGUUGUCGUAUUAGACACUUUGGCUAUCACACACACAAAUGUUCGAGCAUUGCAGACGUACUUCCA